UUUGUAUUGAGCAUAAAUAAAUACAAGGACGUAUAAGAGCUACACUGCUGAAAAAAGUCUUACAAAAAUUACAGAAUCCUUAAUCAACAGAUCAUUAACGAAUAUUGAGUAAGUCAUAGGAUUCAGCAUUACAUAUUGAAGUGAUCAAGGUGACAGAUGUCUCUAUUAUUCUCAGAUAAAUACUCAAACUGGAAGGCCAUAUCUAAGAAGCUUUAGAUGGAAACCGUUUUUCAAGAAUUCUCUAGUUAUCACGGGACAUUAGUCAAACCGUAUUACUGGCUUAACCCAAACCAGAACUGCUCCAAAUGUCCUUAUCAUAUUAGAACAGGAGAAGAGUCAAGAGUCACCUACGGGGAGUUUUAUGAAACUUUUGGAUUCCCAUAUGGGCCAACAAUGCAUGAAGACAAACAACUCAUAUUUUAUGAAAUAAAGUCCUUUAAUGGAACAGUAAUACAGAAAGGCCAAGUUACUGGGUGUGCUGCUUCUAACAUUCAUGCAGAAGCCAUGUUUUUUGAAAAACAUGGCUACUUGGAUUACCUUCUCUAUCAGCAUGAUUCAGUUGGCUACAUAACUCUUUAUGCCAACUUUACACCUUGCAAUGAGUAUGGUCACUACUGCAUUAGCAAAAUGUAUGAUAUAUUAAUCAAGUACACACAAAUGCGUCUAGACAUCUAUUUUUCACAGAUGUAUCAUGUUGAAGUGAAUUUUCCAUCUGCUGUCUGGAACAGAGAUGCAUUAAAGAGCCUUGCCGGUCACUGGCCUAGAGUAACACUGAAUCCACUGAGUGAUGGAAUUUGGAAAACUGUUCUAUGCACCUUUGUGAAAGAAGUUCCAGAGACAACAAUGAAUCAGCCCAUUUUGCCUAUCCGAGCAUCUGCAGAUAGACACAAUGCAUACAUGAUCCAUGUUAUCACAGGCAUUAAGCCUUACUUUGUUGAAGAGCCUCCUGUGCCUCAGCCUGAAGAAACAAGACUUCAGCCAAAAUAUCAAAGACAUAACGUAAAAUACAAUGUAGCUCCCCAGCCUCCAACUGGCUUCCAGCAAUACUUCCCUUUCUUUGCUCUUCAAAUACCAUUUGUACCUGCUUUUCAAAGUCAGAGAGAACUGAUGACCAAGCCUAAACAAGUUGUCCGUCAUCUUAACAUGCCUAUGAACCUGAAUGAGAAAGCAAAUAAGAGUGAAUUCAUACCCAGCGCCAGGAAAUUUACCAAGGUUGUAAACACUGAGAGAACAGUAUGGGAAAGUGAUAAAGAAACAACAAGGAACAAGAGAAAAAAAAAGAAACAGUAAUAUUUAGUAGACAUGUGCAUUCGUUUUCGUCCGAAUGCAUUUUCGUCU